UCCGGCUGUAGUGUGAUCCAUUGACUUCCGCAGCAAAGGAAAGCAGGAAACGAAUUCCAUAUACGGUGAGAUGGAAUUUACCUUCAUUUUGUUAUCAGCCCUUGUGGCCGUCACCCAACAGUAAUUCCGUCAGCAUCCGGACGAAGGAAUGUUUUGGUUGGCAUCUUAUUAUUCACCGCCAUCAGCCACAAUCAACCCCUAUUUAACUUCCAACUACAAUAACGACGAGCUUGUUGUAAUGCCCUUCUUUCGUCAACUGCCAAGGGACGAUCCGGAUGUGGAAGAGAUCUUUGGAGGCACCCAACUAAGAAAUAAAGAAAUGAAUCGCUACCAACCCAUUCCUCAGGAUAAGGCUCGACUUGUCGUUAAUUUCUCGAGCCGAUCUUAUUUGUUGAAUAAAGUGAAGACGAUUAGUUUCACGAUAACGUCAUCAGUGACUUUGACCAAAGUAGAAUCAUGCAUUCCAAGUCACCAGUUUUCUGCCAGUUUUGCUAGCGUCACUUGCCGUCGCAAGCGAGGCGGAAUUGCGGAAUUACCCGUCACCAAUUGGAAAGACAUUCAAUUAGCCAUCCAGCCAACUAAUGUACAGCCAGUCGAACCGACGAUUAUUUACGCGUUGAAUCCGCCGACAGGGAGCGUGGAACUUCCACUAAUCCGUUCGUCCAAAGACGAGCACCUUCUGAACGAGAAGCAGAGCUCACCAGUAAUGCCACCAUCACAACAAGCGAGAAUGAAGAGAUUGUUGUUUCACUUUGUCGCAACUACGACAGUUGUCAGUUACACGUUUUUCUCGGCAACCAGCACAAAAACGGUUAGUCUCUUGAGUGUUGCUGACCAAGGACCAGGGUUCUUGAUUUGCCGUCCAGAGGGUUACUCUGUAUGCUCUUAACAAGUGCCUGAACAACCGAUACAGGCCACUUACUCCGGCUUUUACAAGCAACUGAUUAAUGCACGUGUCUUAAAACUUGACAGUUGUUCUUUUUUGUUAUGGUUUUUUGCUUCUAAAAUUCUAAUUCAAUUCAAACUACAAACAUAAUAAACAGCAAGUGCAAUCUUAAAA